CCUCGCGUGAUGCAACACAGUGGCCACACGCGCCACUUGACACGAGAGCGUGGACUCCGAGCUGAGAAUUCUUCUUCUACGCUUGUGAAAAAGAAAGCAACUCUUCUUCUUCUUCGCUUGUCGCCAGCUAGCUUACAGGAUGAUGCUGCAGCACUCGGGACCAUCGCUGGCCGACAUCAGUUGCUCCGCCCUCGUCCCCUGCCUGUCGCCGCCGGGCUCGCUCACACUGGACGACUUCACCAAUUUCCCGAGCACCGUGGCGAAGGACGAGCUCCGCCUCGCCAUCCAGACCAAACGUCUGUGCGGCGGCCUCAGCGCCGAUGUCAGCUCCGAUGGCGCCAGCUCGUGCUCGGACCGGGGCGCCGGCGGCAAGCGAGGGCUGACGGGCGAGGAGGUGGACAGGAGGAAGAGGAGGAGGGAGAGGAACAAGAUCGCCGCCGCCAAGUGUCGCAACAAGAAGAAGGAGAAGACGGAAUGCCUGCAGAAGGAGUCUGAGAAGCUGGAGAGCGUCAACGCCGAGCUGAAGGCUCAGAUCGAAGCUCUGAAGCAGCAGAAACAGCAGCUGGUCUACAUGCUCAACCUGCACCGGCCCACCUGCAUCGUCCGGGCCCAGCAGGGGCGGACCCCCGAGGACGAGAGGAACCUGUUCAUCCAGCACAUCAAGGAGAGCACCUUGCAGGUGCACCACCCCCACACCUUGCUCCCCGACUCCACCAACGGCACCCUCCUCAGCCUGGACCAGAUCCAGUGUUCCAGUUCCAUCUGAGCAGGACUGUUCUGGAAGCACCGCGGAGAACCGAGAGGGACUGGUGGUCCUCGAAGCUGCUAGGCAGGCGCAGGAAGGUGGCCCCUCGCCUCACGUCGCGCGCCCCCACCCCCGCCCAGAAUCCAAAGCUGCUGAUUGGACGGGCCUUCACCUGCAUGACAAACUGGACUUUGUUGUUCUGGUCAUGUCCAAGGAGAAGACGGAAGAUACAGGUCAUGACAUUUCCACUAGGUGGCGUUGACUUUUGGACCGCCCUGUUCACUGAGGCACAAACAGGAAGCUGAAAGUUUUCAUUUAUUCCGUAAUAUGCUGCUAAUGCUAAUGCUAACCACUCAGGACCUUCCCAGUCAUGUCGUUUGAUUGGCACGUGAUUCUCCACAAGGACGGCUUGGGACGCCGCGGCCGGCUAGGCUACGUCUUCCAUGUCUAGCACACGUCUACCACACGUCUAGCACACGUGUGCCACACGCCUGUGUGUCUGGCUGUAAACUCACAUGUUGUGUGUGUGUUUUCCACUUCAAGUUGUUGUUGUUUGUAUUAGCGAGGCUUCAUUAGCUGGUUUGAUGUUAGCAUGCCUCAGUCUGUGAGGAUGAUGAAGACCAUGUGCUCUUCUUCCUCACUCUCAAUAAACGAUAAAGCGUUCCAAAGAUUGUGUAUUUAUACAUUGUGUGUGCGAGACGCAGGCGUCUGCGUGUUUGUGUUUCUGUGUAGUCACAUGACUGUUUGCCAACGUGUAGCGGGUCAGCACCAGUACCUAGACCAC